AUGAAGCAGUUCACUAAAGCAGCUAUUCGAACUCAACCUAAAGAUGUUCUUGGAUGGGCAACUGCAUACUUUAUGGCACUUCACAAAGGAGAAGAGCCUCCAGUUAAAGAACGGUAUGAAAUGCCAAAAGCUACACAAAAGACAGACUCUGGUCUAACAAUUGGACUUUUGAAAGUUUUGAAUAGACAGCUUCGUGAUAAAGAUAAAGUAACAGCAGAUAUAAUUGAAGGAAAAUGGAAAGCUCUUGAUCUGCCAAAAGAACAGUUUGACGAACUUUUAAAGAUUGGAGAUCUUCAUGGAUCAUUUGAAUGGGAGAAGUUUCUUGCUUUGGCAGCAUCUGCACUAGCUGAGAACAUUCAAAUAGCCAUCACAAAUUUAUGUGAGACAGUUACUGAUGACCUGGAAGGAGGCCCAAGCAGGAUAUCAAUAGAAAAAUUUGAAUUCUUUUACACUUAUCUGGCAGCACUUGAUGAAGAAAUCCAACCAGACUAUGUUUCAGAUGUAUUAAAACAUUAUAAAUCAGUGGCGAGCCAUCAUGAUGGAUAUAUACAGCCGAGCUUCUUUCAGGUUACAGAGUCUCCAUCUUUGUAUCCUAAAAAAUAA